AUGAGUGGCGCUCCUUCCGGUAGUUCCACGACAAUGGAAACCUUUGAAGUCUCUUCUCGAGACAGCGUGGCUGACCACCACGAAAUGAAUUUGCCGCCGGUGGAUCGCGGUCGAAGGGCGUGGCUGUUCUUGGCGGCUUGCUUCAUUAUUGAGGCUUUGAUUUGGGGUUUCACGUUCUCUUUUGGUAUUUUCCAGGAUUAUUACAGUACUCAUGAGCCGUUUAAGAGUUCUGGUGAUACCGCCGUGGUGGGUACUUGCGCAAUGGGUAUUUCGUAUAUGUUGCUUCCGGUGGCUUUCAUCCUACUACAAGCCGUUCCUCGUAUCAAGCUAUGGGCCGCGCCGAUCGGUUUUGUCAUUAUGUGUCUGGCGCUCUCGCUGAGCUCUUUUGCGACAACUACCACUCAUUUGAUUGUCUCGCAAGGUGUCGGUUAUGGUAUCGGAGCUAGUCUGGCAUAUGCUCCCACGAUCGUGUUCAUGGAUGACUGGUUCGUUCAGAGGAAGGGACUUGCUUUCGGCAUUAUGUGGGCUGGAACUGGACUAUCUGGAGUCAUUCUCCCCAUCGUUCUUCAAUGGAUGCUCAACUCCUUCGGACCCCAGACCACACUACGCGCCUGGUCAGUCGUGCUAAUUCUGCUCGGCGGCCCACUGCUGUACUUCCUUCGCCCUCGUCUCCCAAUUUCACGAAACUCGCGAACCAGACCCUUCGACUUCAAGUUCCUCUGGGACUCGACAUUCCUCAUCUACGAAACGGGCAACAUCCUAGAGGCAAUGGGCUACUUCCUCCCUACAAUUUACUUGCCCUCCUACGCCCGCAGCUUGGGCGCCAGCAACAUCCAGUCUUCAUUGACAGUCAUGCUCUUCAACCUUGCCUCCGUGUUUGGCUGCGUCAUUAUGGGCUCGUUGGUUGAUCGUUACCACGCUACCACUUGCAUCCUCGGGUCCACUGUUGGAAGUACCAUUGCGGUCUUUUUGAUCUGGGGCUUUGCCGAUACCUUGGCGCCUCUGUAUAUCUUCUGCAUCUUCUAUGGUCUCUUCGCUGGAUCUUUCACUUCGACUUGGCCCGCCGUUGUCAACGAAGUUAGGAAGAAGAGUACGUAUGUCGAUCCAAGCAUUGUCUUUGGCUUCUUGUCUACCGGUCGGGGUAUCGGCAAUAUUGUCAGUGGCCCGUUGAGUGAGGCUUUGCUGAAGCGGUCUGCUUGGGAGGGUGUUGCGGCUAAGGCGUAUGGCUCGGGCUUUGGACCUUUGAUUGUCUUUACCGGAGUUUCUGCGUUUUUGGGAGGUCUUCCUAUUGCUGCGAGAUCUUCGAAGCGGUUUCGGGCUGAUUAA